GCCGGAAAGGGCCCCGCGGUGGGCGGCCCAUGCCGGGACGGGGCGGCUGGCAGCGCGCCGGUCUGCUCGGGGGACGACGGCGGGAGCGGGACGCGCCGGACGAGGAGCUCCGGGGGCCCCGACGCGGCCUCGGGACGCCGAGGCUAAGGAAGGUCCUACAUGGCUGCAGCCGCUGGAUCCCCUCACUAUGCACAACUCUGUGAAGGUUAAUACUGAUUUUGAUUGGAUUUGAUUAGAGCAAAAAGGAGGCCAUAAUUUAAAAUAUAAAUCAUAAAGGAGGCUCAUGACUCUGAACUCGAUGAAGCUGGAAGUCCACUUUCAGCAGAAACAGAAUGAAGACUUGGAUGAUGAAGACUUCUGCACUCUUGGUGGACGAUGGGCCUCUCAGAGCAACAGCGAAAGGUGGCUCCAGACUGACUCACAGGAACACCUUGGAGAGAGCUGGCAGAGCAGCUCCACCAUGAGGAGGUUUUCCAGCCAGGAAAGUGUCCUCACAGACCUCAGUGCUGACUUGGAGGCGAUUUCACUCCACAGCACCAGCAGCACCGGUGGGGCCUUCGCUCUCGGGGCUGGGGUGCCCCGUUCGUCCUCCACACAGAACUCUCCAACCUCCCCCAGCCCUCGUGGAGGCUUGAGUAGUCAUUCGCCAGCAGCCCUGUCUUCAGAUGGAAACAGCAGGGAAAAACCCAAGAACUGUCAGACGCGGAGUUUCCUCAAAAGAAUCGAAUCUCUGAGAAGGAAGGACAAGGAGAAAUUGGACUCCGCUAAAGCUCCAGACAGGGACGGAACUCACAUCGCGCCUAGUUGGAGCUCCCCAAAGGACGCCAAGGCCCCUGCCUCUGGGACGCAGGUUGCGGGAGGAAACGAAAAGUCACAUUCUUUCUACAGCACUAAGACCCCUUCAACAGGUGGUUGGACUAACCAGGCUCUGGCCUCAGUUAAAGACAAGCUGCCCCAUGAGCCCAAGUAUGGUAGUAUUUAUUUAGAGGAUUAUGAAAGCAGUCUGAACAAGAACUGGGAUGCCAGAACGUGGGAUCACCAGAUUGCAUCUAAAAGAGAUUAUUUAUUCCACAUCCCAGGGGAUCACAAGCCAGGCACUUUCCCCAAAUCCCUCUCCCUCGAAAGCUUGUGUCCUUUGGAGAGUGGCUGCUGGGCAGACUGGAAAUCAACCCCCAGAGCCUCCAGGUCUUUGGCAGGCGGCACUGGCGUCAGCAGUGGCGUCCGCGGGAGCAACUCUCCUGGUGCCCUGGAACACCAGCCAAGGAGGCCUUCAAGCACUUUCACAGGUAGCCGCACCAGCCUCUAUGAUAAUAUUCCUGACUUUGGCAGUGGAGACGAUCUCUUUGAUCUGGAUCAGGAAAAGAUCUAUGAAAACCUGGAUGACAUCCUGCAGCACGUUUGGGGACUCCAGCAGAAAAUAGAGCUCUGGUCAAAGGCAGUUAAGUUUGACACGGAAGAUGAAACUACUGGGGUGGAGGAAAGGGAGGACACAGAUUCUGGCGAGGAGCCCACCCAUCUGAACGUGGAGAACCGCUCCAUCUCUGACAUGGGCACUUCCACCAGCGACUUCGAGAGCACGGCCAACUCCCUGAAUGAGACUGAGGAUCCAGAAAUGAGGGAGCGCAGAGACUCUGGCGUGGGGGCCUCGCUUACAAGGCCUUGCAGGAAACUCCGCUGGCACAGUUUCCAGAACUCCCACCGGCCCAGCUUAAGUUCGGCCUCCUUAGAAAUCAGCUGCCAGUCAGCAGCUCAGCUCAGCCUUCUCCAGAAGUGCUCCCUUUUCCGCCUCACAGCCAUCAUGGAGAAGUUCUCCGUUCCCCACAAGCAGUCCUGGGCCUGGACUGUUCCCAAGUUCAUGAAGAGGAGCAAGCCCCCAAACUACAGGGGCAAGAUGGUCUUUGGAGUCCCCUUGAUUCUCAGUGUCCAAAGGACGGGGCAGCCCCUGCCCCAGAGCAUCCAGCAGGCCAUGCGCUAUAUCCGAAGCCGGUGCCUGGACCAGGUUGGCAUUUUUCGCAAAUCUGGUGUAAAGUCCCGGAUCCAGGUCCUCAGACAAAGGAGUGAAGCCUCUCCCGAUUAUGUGAAUUAUGAAGGGCAAUCGGCCUAUGAUGUGGCUGACCUGUUGAAGCAGUACUUCCGUGACCUCCCAGAGCCCGUCUUCACCAGCAAGCUGACAGAUACAUUUCUGCAGAUAUACCAGUUUGUGCCCAAAGAGCAGAAGCUGCAAGCUGUCCAGGCCACCAUCAUGUUAAUGCCGGAUGAGAACCGGGAGGUUUUGCAGACGCUGCUCUAUUUUCUCAGCGAUGUUGCCUCUUCCGAGGAGAACCAGAUGACCGUGGGAAACCUGGCUGUGUGCUUAGCUCCCUCCAUCUUUCACCUCAAUGUCUCCAAGAAAGAGAGCACUUCUCCAAGGUCAAUUCACAGGAGGGGCCCUGUGGGGAAACCAGAGCAGAAAGACCUGAAUGAAAACAUGGCUGCCACCCAAGGCCUCUCCCACAUGAUUGCCAACUGCAAGAAGCUGUUCCAGAUUCCCCAUGAUAUGAUACUGCAGCUCAGCAACUCCUACCUGUUGGCUGAUGCUCAGCCACUCUCCUUACCGGAGCUGAGGAAGCAAAACCUGGGAAGAGAAAUCCAGGAUUCCCACCCAGUCUUGGAGGCCAGCAUCCGAGGCCUGCUGAAGGAGUCAUCCGAACGCUUCAAAGGCUGGACCAGCAUGCUUGGCCCCCCACACACGGAGCUCUCAUGCAAGAAGGUGGAGGAUGGGCAUCCCCUGCGUCUCUGGAAGGUCUCCACCGAAGUGGCCGCGCCCCCUCACCUGGUGCUCAAGCGGAUUCUCAGGGAGCGGCACUUUUGGGACGAGGACCUGCUGCAGGGCCAUGUGGUGGAGGCUCUGGACAAGAACACCGAAGUGUACCAUUAUGUGACCGACAGCAUGGCUCCACACCCACGGCGGGACUUUGUGGUUCUCAGGUCAUGGCAGACAGACUUACCCCGUGGGGGUUGCCUCCUGGUCUCCUUCUCUUUGGAGCAUCAAAAGUUGCCACUGGAAUUUGGAGUCAGGGCCACGGUGCUCACCUCCCAGUACCUGAUGGAGCCUUGUGGAACAGGACACUCCAAGGUGACACACAUCUGCCAAACUGAUCUCCGAGGGAGGUCUCCAGAGUGGUACAACAAGGUCUUUGGCCAUCUCUGUGCUAUGGAGCUGGCCAGGAUUCGCGAUUCUUUCCCAGUGUUCAAUCCCUGUGGACCAGAAACCAAGAUCUGAAGGAUGCCACCAGAUGGGUAGACUUCAAGUUGGAGUCCUUUUGGAGCAGAAUGUUGGAACUGAGCCUUUGCUUCCUGGAACGCACCCUCCACCCUUCAAUUUCCCUUUGCUUCUUCGUUUCAAGGAAUAUGAGAUCCAAGUCUCCCUAACGUUCCUGUUUUAUGAUUCAGCAACAUGAUCCAGAGGUUAAGCUUUAUGCUAGUGGUUACUUCUCCAUAAAUUAUCUCCAGGGUUAGAAGAAUUCUUUGAACACUGUUUACUAAAAGACACAAUUGAGAAGGAGCUCCUGAGCUCCUGCCUGCUUUGGGGUUCUCAGUUUGUCUCUGGUUAUUGUGAGGACAAGAUGUUAGAUAAUAUGGUCUGAUCCUGUAAAACUUCUCACGAUCUUCUGAGAAGUCUAUCAAUCCACCUAAGUCAAGGAAAGCCAACUUUGAAACCUCUUUAAAGGAUUAGACUGCUUUGUUGAGGGCUGUCCUCAGAUGUAGCAGACAUGGUGCUUAUUGAACCAGGUUUCAGGUUCAGGAACUACCAUCCCAAAUCUAGACUAAAGACUGGAUAUGUCCAAGCCACUUUCCUGCAACCUUUGAAAAAUAACCCAAUCUGAUUUGAGAGGAUUGGGAAUUGGGGCCCACCUCAGCACAAAAUACCUCCUUGCGACUUUUUAAUUGCAACCACUGUUUCCUUAGCAGGUAGGUGUACCCUGUGCAGGGCAAUCCCUGGGAAGAACCAGGGAGUAGCAGAGGGUGUGGGUGGAAUGGAGUCAAAUAUGGCAAGCUGUUCUCAUGUUUAAGCAUGAGGGGUCUUGGAGAAAGGAAAGGAGAGCUGUGGGUGAGGUUUUUACUACUACACUUGUCAGGCAUGGAGCAUGUGUGAAAAAGAGCCAGAGCUUGCAUCUUGGUCACGGUGCCCACGAUAUGCUCUUAGCCUCUUUUCAUCCUGGCUUCCAUCUCUUCAGCGGUAGAAGGCCAAAAGGGACUGAAAUUAUUCCAGACCAUGUAGGUGGACACUCUUUUUUCCAGGAGUCUAAUAUUUCAGGUAAUAAGAAUUCCCUAGUAGUUAUAAGAUUAAAAAUCAAGACAAUGGAGGAAAAGUUUGGAAUUCCCAGACUUCUUUUUCCUUCAGCAUAAUUUCAAAGUACCUGAAUCGGGGCUUGCAGGUUGUUAAACCACGUGAAAUCUUUGGGUCUUAAAGUCAUCCCAGGGAAUCGAGGGGAAUCCCUACUGUUUUGUAGAUCACAUUUCAUUUGAUGCUCAUUGUUUUGGGGGAUGGAAGUCAGCCUUUAAUGCUGCGGCUGGCAAAGAGAAAGAUUAGGCAAGCUAGCAUGUCUGUGAUCUUAUUCAUCUCAAAGGUUUCGGGACCUCCAUCCUUACGAUGGGAAGUAGGAAAACUGGAACUGCAGAAGUCUCUGGGCUGCUUGAGCCAGCAAGGAGAUGGGCAGCUUUCUUCAGGCUGGCCACUCCGUACUUCCCAGUCUCGGCACGGGAGGAGCACAAGUACAAGCCUCAUUUGGAGAAUGAAAGCCAAGCCAAGCUAACAAUUAAAGCAAUUACUUUGGAAAUGACCACCGAAGAAGAAAGUGCCUGAGAAAUAGCCCGAGAGCAUUCAGCAGGAUAUGAAAAAGGUGUGGAAACAAGAAAACAAGGCAGGGAAACAGCAAAACGUGCUCUCCUUCCCAUCACAUCCUGAUUCUUGUAGAGACAUAAAUAUUCCUUUACAUAAGAACGAGCUUGUUACCUGAAGAAAGGAAGGCUCAACUUCUCUCCAAAGGAGGUUGAAGAAAGACAACACUUGCCCCUUCCAUAUUAGCCAACAAGAUUUGUUCUAGUCCAAGUUGCCACAAAAUAUUCGAGGGAAUAGAAAGGAUCAUCACUCUUUGGAGACCCUCCCAAAGACUCUGGGAGAGCUUUGUCUACUUGCAGCUUCCACAGUUGUGGCCAUUUUUGUAUCCCUAAACAACCUCCGUUCUAAACCUGAUAAGCUUAUUCAGGCUUCAACGACACCUGGUGCUGGUGGUUGCCAGGCCACGACGUCUCAGGAUGCAGGGUCCUCUGCUAAAAAUCAAGCUGAGGCUAAGCUAGAGUGCUUCGAAAGAGCUAGGCCUUGCUUCCUUCCCUUUCAAUAGCCAGUUUGCUAGGGAUCUGACCCAUUGGGAAGCAGUCAUCCAUCUGCUAAGCAAGCUUCUAAUCCCUCAUCCCGAGCAUAGACAUCAGGAUACACGCCACUAAGGCUUAAGAGAAUCUUGUCUGAUCCUUCAUUAGCUGUAUAACGUACAGAAAAUCAUUAGGAUGGCAGAAACUCUGACAAAAAUAGUGUUUUCCCUUCCAGUCCAGCCCUAUUCAGCUCCACUCUGCUCACUUGCUGAAGGCUGCAGCCUCCUGCCAAGAGCAGAGGAUAAUUACUCCGUGUAGAGAAAAGGCCACCUUUCUUCUCUCUCGGCCAAUAACUCACCUCAUGCUCAGUUAGCAGAUCUUCAGAAUAGGCCCCAGAUUUUAAAACCACCACCCUCCCCACUGACCUCUUGCUGGACCUAAAUGACAAGAAUUGAGAGGAACUUCCCAACUUACCUGCUCAAUGCAGUUCCAAGAGGGGGAAAUUAUCCCUACAGGCUCAGACCCUCCACAAGACCCCAGAACCAGAGCAGUCCCCUCCUCCGACAGUGACUCUGAUUUGGAUCCUGACAAACAAGCAUUUGCUUACUUAUCUGGAGGGAAACUGCUUGCUCACUUCUCAGUUUUUGUUCUACAGUCAUAGAAUUGUAAGGCUGCUACCCCUUGGGUCUUCUAGUCCAACUCCUUGCCCAAGGCAGGAUCCUUAUGCCAUCCCUGAAAAAUGGUUGUCCAAUCUUUUCUUGAACACCUCCAGCAAUGGAGGACCCACAACUCUGGGAGGAAAGGUUGAUCGAUUGAUUGGUCUCACAGUCAGGAAAUUCGUCCUAAUUUCCAAGUUGGAUCUCCCUCUGACAGGAUUCCAUCCAUUACUUCUUUCUUGCCCUCAGGUACUAUGGAGAAUAAAUCAACACCCUCUUCCCGGUGGCAGCUCUUCAAGUAUUGGAAGACAAGGAUUGUGUCUUCCCUGUGCCUUCUCAUCAUUAGGCAAAACACAGCUAGGUCUCUUAGCUGUUCAUUGUAUGAUUUAGCGUUCAGACUCCUGAUCAUCUUUGUAGCUCUUCUCUGCACUCUUUGUAGGGUCCCAACAUCUUUUUUAUAUCAUGGUAACCUGAACUGGAGGCAGGAAUCCAAAUGUGGCCUUACCCGGGCAGUAUGAAGCGCAGUAGCACCUCUCGUGAUCUUGAUGCCAUCCCUCUGCGGAAGAGAAGGUUCUGUAUUUUGGGGGUCCUCCUGAGCAAGGGCACCGUAUCAUUUCAUCCCCUCCGUCUCCAUUCAGCCAGUCUUCUGACCUGCCAGGACCUCCCUUUCUAUACUUCCUCUUAGAUGCUGCCAAGACCUGUUUGGGGGGGGGGACACUAAUGGAGGAAACGCUACUUUUUAACAGUGAAUGUAUUAAUCCAUCUGUAGAUCCCCUCUGGUCCCCUGAGUGAAGUGGCAGCUGGGGGCUCCAAAUUCUCAGGAACAGGCCAGUAAAAGAAAAGGCUGACCACAACCUGCCCUUCUUCAUCCGUCCACCACACAUCCAAGGUCAUCCUCAGAAUUGGAUGAAGCUGCUGAUCUUGAAGCCAGGAGGAGGAGUCCCCAAAUGCUCAGAGGCUCAUAGGUGGUCUGGAAGGGGAAGGAAGAGCCUUCAGUCUCAGAAGGCUACACCAGAAGAACUGAAGCAGGCUAAGAUCUCCCAAACUUGGCUCGCCAUACCGGAAGGGCCACAGGGAGCCGGAAUCCUCCUCUUGCGCCUCCUAUCUCCAGGCUGUCCCCAGAGUUCUGUAGAGGACUGACCCUUGAGGCCCAGAAUUCUCCAUCAUCAUUUUGAUCCUCUAAUCGUUCCAAAUGUACAGUUUGACCUUGGUUAAUACUGGCCUGUAAGCAUGUCAGUUUGUUCUUUAACCAGGGACCCAGUUGAUCAGACAGCCUUCCAACUGGAAGCAAGAAAACCUAAUCUGUUAGAAAGGUAGGUGGGUGUUUUACAGCUGAUUCAGUGAUUCUUGCCAGAUUCCUUAUGAUAAGAAUGUAUGUGGUUUAUACCAUUAUUUAUGGGACUAUUAUUUUUUAAUCAUCAUAAAUGAUAUUUUUCCUAACUGUAAAUAUUGUAUAGUUGAAAUAUUAAUUUAAUAUAUAAAGAGUGUGAGAGCAUGUGAAAUGGAUGUACUCUCAGUAAAAGCUGUUUUAUAUUUAAUGAACAUUUUGUACAAUUCUGCAAACUGUUGACUGGAGAGAGGUUCCUCCUCUAUUCGUAUGACAAAUAAAGACUAACAAUACCCAACCACUGGUUGGGAAACCAUCUACCAAAAUAAAA